UAAAGCAGAUCUACGUAAAUUUGGGUCCAUUCCAUACACAAAGGGAAACUCUGAAAGAACAAAUAUAAGAGAUAUCAGUCAAAGGGGGUGGAGGAUGGAGAACUAUUUCCUUUGCAUGUUAUUUCCUUGAAUUAUAAGGAUUACGUUUCAGUCGAAAUGUUCAUUGCAGCCGUGGCAUGAAACAAUCUUGGCUUUGCUGCUGUAAACAUGAUGUUUAAAAUAAAUCAGCUAGUAAUAAGAUAACACUUUGGUAGGUACUUGGAGCUCUGUCAGUGAGAACCGCAUUGGCAGCUCUGCAGCCACCAUGUAAUAUAUGUAAUUCUAGAUUUGGAGCGCACACAUUCACACAUUCAAGUACAGGGGAGUGUGUAUUAUAAGGCGGGUCAUUUCACGGCAUGUAAGACCCGAAAGACAGAUGGCUACAAAUUCGGACAGGAAACGAAUCCUUGAUAAAAGGCGAAUGAUCGGGGGCAGUCCUGGUUUCAAUUUGGGUUGCUUUUGGUGAUAUUUUUGAUUAUUUUUUAUCUUUUCCGGAGAGAUGCCUCUGAUUUUCCCAGAGGGAAGUGAACAGAGUGAAGUGAACAGAAGGAAGGCGGCGAUCAGAGAUCCAACUCUACCUUGAGCAAACAGGGAUCUGAAGGGGGGAUGCACCAGGUAGAGCAAAGCACAUCUCUUGUGAGGAAAACCGAGGGAGGCAAAGCCCAGAGCAAAGAGCAGCUUUCGGUGUGACCGGGAAUUGCUUGAGACUUUGUGAAUUAUCCCUUCCAGCUUUUUAACUUUGCAAAAAAAAAAAAAAAAAGGCUGCUUUUUGGGAUGGGAAUGAGCUCAAAGGGGGGCUGCAAACCCGCGGGGUCCGUACGCACCUCCAAGGCAGCAGCCCCACCGCACCGCCAGCUUUGCUCUCCUUAAAACCCCCAUCUUGAUCGGGAACGAUCAAUAAACUCAGCUUUGGACCGUAACCCAGGGCUGCCUCUUAGCCAUAAAAGGUCGGGCAUAGAUUUGGUAUUAACAAAAAAACGCAAGAGGGCACAAUGCGGUACCGGACUCCGGAGGGGAUCGGGAUUUAACAAGAGAUAAAGGAAAUACUUCGAUUUUCCAUUUAUCUCCUGAAUACGGAGCUUUCGGAGAAAAGGAAAGGGAAAAGAUGCAAUAUAUGAAAAAGCGAAGGUUUUCUUCAAGCCAGUGCGGAUUUCCUUGGACGGGGAGUGCUAAUCUCUGGUAAUUAGACGUACAUGAACCGCAAUAAGUUGUCAAACCCGAUUUCUUCUCCUAUAGCAAAUCUAAGUUAAUCAGCCCGGUGGGAUCUCCUCGCAAAGUUCGCACACACACGCACAAAAAACUUUUUUUCCCUGCCCUUUUUUUUCUUCUUCCUUGUUUUCUGUAACUGUAGCAAAGUAGGGAGCCAUGUCAGGACGAUUUGCAAACACUUAGGGGUUAAAGUGUUCCGAAUGAGAAUAACUGACUUUUUUCCCCCCACUUGCAGUGGGUAUUUGUGUACGUUCUAUGUGUGUAAAUACAUGUAGGCGCACAGACCGCCAUCCGUGCGACGGGCUCUCACACACCCCCGCGCCGAGCUCCGGGGGAGUGGGGGGGGAUGUGGGGGGGACGGACACGUUUAUUUAUUUAUGAAGCUCGGAGCGCGCAGGGAAUGUUUCUUUCGGCAGAUAUUAUAUAUUUGGUUAAGGGGGUGCAUUUCUGUUGUUUAAAAGGGAGGGAAAAAGGGGUGGAUGGUUUGUUCUUGGGGUCCCUGGUGCAAUCUCAGCUCCUCAUGGGUGCUAUUUUGCAACCUCAGGCGCCUGCUAUUGGUCAGCCCCUGAUCAGAUGGUUGUAUUUCCUUGUGUCCCUCGCUGGCACCACGCCAUCUCCCUUCAGCUAAAACCCAAUCUCCGAUAUACUACUAAUAGCUAAACCACUUGGACUAUAAAACACAACAAAUCAUAAAGCCGGGAAAGGACGGCAGGCUUCUUCCAAUGAGUUCUUAUUUUGUCAACUCGACCUUCCCGGUGAGUCUGGCGGCGGGGCAGGAGCCCUUCCUGGGACAGAUCCCGCUGUAUCCCUCGGGCUACGCGGACCCUCUGAGGCAUUACCCCACCACCUAUGGAGCCGCGGGCGUCCAGGAGAAGGGCUACACCUCCUCCCCUUACUACCAGCAGAGCAACGGAGCCUACAGCCGCGGCUCCGCCUGUGACUACGGGGCUGGAGGGUUCUUCAGGGAGAAGGACCCCGCCUGUGCCCCCCCGGCGCUGGACGAGGCGCCCCUCGGCCCCGAGCCGCGCACGGCGGACUGCGCGCACGGCAAAGCCGCCUUCGGAGAGAGCGAGGAGCCAAAAUGUUCCGCCCCGGUUUACCCCUGGAUGCAGCGGAUGAACUCUUGCAAUAGUGUCACAGGUUCUUCUUUCGGGCCCAGCGGCCGCCGAGGCCGCCAGACCUACACCCGCUACCAAACACUGGAGCUGGAGAAGGAAUUUCACUUCAACCGCUACCUGACCCGGCGCCGGCGGAUCGAGAUCGCCCAUUCCCUCUGCCUGACGGAGCGGCAGAUCAAAAUCUGGUUCCAGAACCGCAGGAUGAAGUGGAAAAAAGAGAAUAAAUUGCUCAACUCCUCACAACUGAGUGCGGAGGAGGAGGAGGAGAAAACGGCGGAGUGAAAGUAUUAUUUAAAACCCCACACACAACAAGAAAACGUUAAAAAAGUAGAGAGAGAGUGAGUGAGUGUGUGAGAGCCGAGAGGAUGAGGGGGGUGUGGGCUGACUGCGAGGACAGGGAGAACCUGCACAUUGGUGGGACAAGCCCUCUGAGCAGCGGCCACAGCUAGAAAGUUUGGGCCACCAAUGCCUUGGACUCGUGUUGCCAGUGAUCUGGCACGUCCAAGAAAAACAUAAAAAAAAAAAAAAAAAAGGGAAAAAAAUUAAAUCAGGCUUCUAGUCGCAUUUUUAAUUAUUUUUCUUCCUUCCCAAACCUCCCACUCACACACACCCCCCAAUUAAUAAUAAUAAUAAUACUGCAAAAGUGAAGAGUGCGAGAGGAGGAGGGAAAGAAAAGGAAAGAGAAAAGACAAAAAAAAAAAAGGACUCCUACCCGUGUUUCUACCCUUGGUGUCACUGUUAGUAACCUGCUAACUCUUGUAUUUAAUGGAAGUGCUGCAAUAUAUGUCAUUUGGGGUGUUUAUUGUCUUAAUUUUGUAAAAAUGUUUCAUGCACGGUUGACAUAGUUGGGUUUUUAUUUCAUUUUUUUUUUUCCUUUGGUAAAUUAAUCAAGCCCUGAGGUCUUCGGAAUUAUUUUUAUUUUGGGGGUUUGUUUGGGUUUUGUUUCUUUUAUAUAUAUAUUAUUUUUUUUAAAAGGAAAAUCUACUGAAAGAACGAGUACUACCUACAAGGAUGCAAAAGCAACAACAGCUACGGCAAAAAGUUCUAUUUUAUUAAUUUUUGUACGUGUUGUGUUUGAAGUUUGUCUUAGGUAUGACCAUGGAAUUCUCUAAUAAAAACAAAGUCUUCGAGCUCA